AUGCGAGGCCUUCUUCUGGCUGGGGCUCUUGCCCUACCUGCUUCUGUCUUUGCCCAUCCCGCUCACCAGUCUUACGGACUCAAUCGUCGUACUGUUGAUCUGAAUGCUUUCCGCUUGAAGUCCCUGGCCAAGUACGUCAAUGCGACAGAGACCGUCAUUGAGGCCCCGUCCUCCUUUGCCCCUUUCAAGCAGCAAAGCUAUGUGGAAGCGGCGACUCAACAUGUCAAGAUGAUUGCCCCUGAUGCGACUUUCCGCGUGGUCGAUGAUCACUAUGUUGGUGACAAUGGCGUUGCCCAUGUCCAUUUCCGCCAGACAGCCAACGGUCUCGACAUCGACAAUGCCGAUUUCAAUGUCAACGUCGGAAAAGACGGAAAGGUCUUUUCGUAUGGCAACUCUUUCUACACCGGCCAGAUCCCCAGUUCGGCUGCAUUGACCAAGCGUGACUUCUCCGAUCCUGUGACUGCUCUCAAGGGAACUACAAAUACACUGCAGCUUCCCAUCACUGUGGAUAGCGCGUCGUCCGAGAGCACAGAGGGGAAGGAGUCGUAUGUUUUCAAAGGCGUCUCUGGAACUGUCUCCGAUCCCAAAGCCAACCUGGUAUACUUUGUCAAAGACGAUGGAACCCUCGCCUUGACAUGGAGAGUUGAGACAGACAUUGAUAGCAACUGGCUCUUGACCUACAUCGAUGCCAAGAGCGGCGAGCAGAUCCACGGUGUGGUGGACUAUGUUGCUGAAGCAGACUACCAAGUAUACGCAUGGGGAAUUAAUGACCCAACAGAGGGCGAGCGGACGGUGGUCAAAGAUCCUUGGGACUCUGCCGCGUCGGAAUUCACCUGGAUCAGCGACGGUAGCACAAAGUAUACCACUUCUCGCGGCAACAACGGCAUCGCCCAAUCCAAUCCCAACGGUGGAUCGAGCUACCUGAACAAUUAUCGCCCUAGCAGCUCGAGCUUGUCAUUCAAGUAUCCGUAUAGCCCGAGCUCAUCGCCUCCAUCAUCCUACAUCGAUGCAUCGAUCAUCCAGCUCUUCUACACGGCCAAUACCUACCAUGAUCUGCUUUACACCCUGGGCUUCAACGAGAAGGCCGGUAACUUCGAGUACAACACUAACGGGCAAGGCGGUCGUGGAAAUGACUAUGUCAUCCUGAACGCCCAGGACGGCUCUGGCACCAACAACGCCAAUUUUGCCACUCCUCCUGAUGGCCAGCCCGGCCGCAUGCGCAUGUAUGUCUGGACCGAGUCGACGCCGUACCGCGACGGCUCCUUUGAGGCCGGAAUCGUGAUCCACGAGUAUACUCACGGUCUUUCCACCCGACUCACUGGCGGCCCUGCCAACUCCAACUGCCUGAAUGCCCUCGAGUCAGGCGGCAUGGGCGAAGGCUGGGGUGAUUUCAUGGCUACGGCCAUCCGUCUUAAGCCCGGCGACAAGCGCUCGACCGACUACACCAUGGGCGAAUGGGCUGCCAACCGGCCAGGCGGAAUCCGCCAGUACCCGUACUCGACCUCGAUGAGCACCAACCCUCUGACGUACACCAGCGUCAACUCGCUGAACGCGGUUCACGCCAUUGGCACGGUCUGGGCGACCAUGCUGUACGAGGUGAUGUGGAAUUUGAUCGAUAAGCACGGCAAGAAUGAUGCGCCGAAGCCUACCCUGCGCGAUGGUGUGCCGACAGAUGGCAAGUACCUUGCCAUGAAACUAGUCAUAGACGGGAUGGCAUUGCAACCAUGCAACCCCAACUUUGUCCAGGCCCGCGACGCUAUCCUUGAUGCUGAUACUGCUCUGACUGGAGGUGAGAACCAAUGUGAGAUUUGGAAGGCAUUUGCCAAGCGUGGAUUGGGUGCUGGUGCGCAGUAUAGCUCGAGGAAUCGUGUUGGAAGUACUGAGGUCCCCAGUGGUGUUUGUUGA